CCAACACAACUCGACUAUAGACCUUUCUCUCCAAACGACACCUUUCUAAUACCUUCGCGACUGCCACACAACCAACAGCAAUCGAAAUAUACCGAAAUCCAGCACUCAUCACGCACACCACAUCCAAUCACAUCCACCCAGCUUCGACCUCAUCCAAACCGCAAUCAACCUCUCCUCCCCUACGACCCAAACCAAACCAACUCAAACCACAAGCACAGCAAAAACCAGCAAGAGAGUAGAGACUCAAAACAACAAUGGCAACAACAACAAAUCCACCCACCGAUCCCACACCCUCGGACCCAAAAGUCGCGGCCGCGACUCUGGAUUUCUUGCUCAUAGAACUCGUGCCUUUGGCUCAGAGGAUGGCUGUUGAACUUCACGCACGGGAUACGGCACUUCUCGCCGCAUCGAUGGAUAGGAAUCUUGCUUUGAAUACUUCGACUUCUGGAGGAGCUUUGGGACUUACAAGCUCGGGACUUACAAGCUCAUCCGCAGCGGAAAAGAGACAAAGUGUCAAGAGCAUGGGAACAAAUACCGCUGGAGGAGCAGGAACGAAUAAAGAUGUGGAAGAUGAGGAUGAAGAUGAAGAGAGGAGGAGUGAAGAUGUGAUGUGGAGGUUAGAUGCCUUGGGCUAUCGCGUUGGACAAGGACUUGUUGAAAGAUUCUCCGCCAACACACCCCGCCCAACAACCCCUCUGGACAUGAUCAAAUUCAUCUGCAAAGAUCUCUGGCAACUGGUCUUCCGCAAACAAAUCGACAAUCUAAAAACCAACCACAGGGGAACUUUUGUGCUGACGGAUAACAAAUUCAUGGCGUUGGGGAGGAUGUCGGCGGAUACGAGGAGGGGUCCUAGAGGUGCUGAUGAGGCUUUGGGGAAGGCGCAACCGUUUCUCUAUUUCCCUUGCGGUAUCAUCAGGGGCGCCCUUUCUGGAUUCGGGUUGAACGUCACAGUACAUGCGGAAUCCACAGAACUACCACAAGCUACGUUUCAGAUCAGGACGGUGGGAUCGAAACCGUAAAAAUGUCCAUGCAUUAUACCGCGGUAUAUGGGGCUUAAAGAGGAUGAGGAAAGAAUGAGAGGAUGAGAAAGGAGGUGCUGACGUUCAUAUACCCAUCCAUGCUUUUGGGAAGACGAGAAGAGUGGAGAUCUUCUCAAGGGAACAUUCAUUCGAGCUUUUUGCAGCUUACUAAUUCUUCACGACGAGAGAUCCGGGUAUACUUGCUGAGUCAUUGGAGCGAUGGGAUAAGACCAGGGGGCAUACCAACCUCUCAAUGAUCCUUCCUUUCAAAGUCAAGAAUCGGACUGGUGGUCUCAUACACAUCAUCAUCAUCAUCAUCAUGCAUAUCCUUGUACGAGAUACCAAUGCCAGAAGUAAAAAAUAAUACACAACACAAACAAAGAAACAUGACAACCAUCGCAC